CAGACCUAAACACUUCAAGCCCGACUUCAACAAAUCUGUCAGGAAUUUCAACUAAUACAAUGAUAGCUGUCACCAUGUCUGAUUACACAAGGAACCCUGUUACAAGUUCGGACGCCACUGGGACACUCGUUACAACGCCUAAACUACAAACAACAUCCAACUAUGUCAUCUACAUCACAGUGGCGGCUGUCGUACUUCUGAUCCUUCUGGUUCUCUCUAUAAUUCUUUGCUCCCGUAAAAAGAAAAUGAGCUCAAGGAAGAAGACGCAAGAUGCUAAUACAGAACCCAACCUUGCACUGCCACUUGGACCUUUACCUCAGAGACCAGUAUCAAAACCGUACGACACGAGGAUUGUUAUGACUGCACCUACACAUGGCCCUUCCCAUGAUGGACAACUCAAUCAUGUAUACGUCGAUUUUUUGUAAUCUAUAUUUACCAGGCCAGAACAUGAUUACAUUUUCGAAGAUAUACUCUAAAGCGAGUGGAAAUGGAAAUAAUGUACAUGCACUGAAGGAUAUUUUGUUUUGGGGGAAUGUUGUGAAUAUGAUGGAUGAUAGUAAUAUCCAUUAAUUCGUGUCGAUUUUUCUCACGAAAUUAUUGUUUUUUUUCUUAAUCAUUGAAUUUGUUUUUUUAACUACAUGACCGAUUUGAAUGUUCUUUCGAUAUUAAUCAUUUACUAAGAAAUAAAGAAAUAUUCAGGCUUACACAUUGGCGGCAGAAGCCAAAAAAGUUAGGGGGCUCCACCUGAAAGUUUGGGAUGGACACAGGUAAAAAAAAUGACAAGCAAAAAAAAAGGUUAUCAACCAAAAUAUAAGGGGGACCACAAAAAUUUUAGGGGGAAGCAGGAAACAAAAUUGACAAGCAAAAAAAAGUUAUCAACAAAAAGUUUAGGGGGCCACCUCAACUUUAGGGGGGACAGGGACCUCCCCCCCCCCCCCUCGUCCCCCGCUUCCACCGCUUAUGGGCUCACCUGAUUCGCUUUCUCAUUUUUUAACAAAUAUAUAUACGGAACCUUAAUAUUUAGAAAUCCUUUCCCUUCCAAAUUUGUCUUCAACCCGGGAUAAAAUACUAAAAUGUGUGGUUUGAAAAGUAAAAAGACUAGGUCAAUGGCUGAAAACAAUAGAUUUUUUCAAAUUGACGGUUGCUUUAAACAACCUCAUUUGUUUUGUUAGCUUCUAUUUUGCAUGUUAGAAUAUAAUGACCCCAAACUAUUGCACAUAGAAGUCAUAUUACUCGAUAAAUGUACUUGCCUGAAGUCUUUUAACAUUCUCCCACAUUCAUCUGAAUUUGAUGUUCAAAAAGUAUACAAUCAAGUGUUAUCAAAUUCAAUUCAAUUUGCAUUUAUUUCAUUCUCGAUAAAUAACUCGUUGAUCAAAAUAGAUGGAAGAGUUAUACCCAAAUAGAACUGUUUAAAACGGGAUCUUCCCUAUUAAAACUUUGUUGAAUGAACAAACCAAUUACCUCUCACACGCAACUUAUUCUUCUUUUUUUAUUACAAAAAUACAAAAUUAAAUACAACUUACUUGAAUACUAUUGAUUGAUUUUUGUAUGACCUAAGGGGGAAAAUAUAUUCGCAGGAGCCGCGGAACUGUUUUUAAGAUUGGAGAGCUGAGCCGAAAAUAGGGUGGGGCUGACCAUGCAAAAGAAAACCCACAAUUGGAUCGAAAUUUUACGUUUUUGUAGUCGUUCAUCGAAAGUUGGGUGGGCGGUUGAGCCCCCUCCCUCCCUCCACACGCCCUUGUCCCACGACCCUGGUUCUUCAAUGCUGUGUUGUGAGCAGAACAACUCGAAAGGAUUUGAUGUAAGUCUAUAAGGUAUGUAAGUUUAUUCAUAGAAUUUCAAUUGGAAUGCCCUGACUUCGCAGAUGAAAUGGGCAUUCUAUAAAAUGUACCUAUUCUAUAUAUAUAGAGUUAAAAUGAAACGAUUUAAGAAGAAAAUGCUGGUCUUGAAAUGAUUAAUUCUUUAACAUUUGCCAUUGCUCAAAAGAUUUCCUGGGCUUGAAAUCUCCUUGAUUUCAAUACUUAAUGGAAGUUUGUUGAGUUAGAUAAAUUCUAUAAGGGAUUCUAGUUUAUUCAUUAAAUUUCAAUCGAAAUUCCCUGACUUCGCAAAUAGAAUGGGCAUUCAUUGAGUUAUCAUUAAAAAUAUAAUAAAUCAAGAUUUCUCUCUCUCGUGGAAAUGUGAUGCCCCAGAAAGUGUAUUAAACUCUAUGGGCGAAAUAGCCGACUUAUUUCAGAUGAAAGCGCUAUUGAAUUUUAUGGAUUCGCGCUGUAAUAAGUUCGUUCAAGAUCCAAAUAUUAUUUACUAAUUUAUUAUGACUAUUGGAUCAACAAGAAUAGUUUUACUAUUUCUGAUUUGUUUCAUCCGCUUUUCCCUGGCGGAUUUGAAUUUGCUAUUUCUGUACUCAGAAAAAAAAUCUUUUUUAUUAAAAAUAAUCCAGAAAAGUGGAUGGUGGAUUUUGAAGUUGAUAUUGUAUGAAGAAAGUUCCUUAAAGGAAACCUUAAACGUGCACCCCGACCCCUCUGGCCUAUACGCCCUUGGUAAACAUGGCAAUUAAUACAUGUGAGGGUCGAAAACGCAAUCGUAACUUCAUCAACUUGAACUAUCAUAUUGUAUUCAUAUGUAAAUAUAUAAAUACGACUAAUUGCUUUGAAACUGUUUUUUUUCAAUUGACAGUUUCCAGAUCAAAAUAACUUGAAAUCAUGAUGUUGCGUAUCAUCUAGCACUGGAAUUUUAUUUCACUGGUUGUGACUUUACAUCAAUGCUUCCAUGUUUUCAAAUUCACAGGAACACAUCAUUUGUUAUCUUUUUAUUUAAAUUGAUUGUCUUAUGUUUACUUUGUCGAUAUAUAUAUAUAUAUA